UAUAUUCCAGUUUUUGGGUCUUUUACAAUGGAUGUUAAAUAGUUUACUUGCGUGUUAUACUGAUGGCAAGUUGGGGACGAAUGAUGUUUAUCUGAACGAGAUUAACGGGUGGGUCAGCAUGUAUGAGGUUGGCAAGUUGGUGAUGGUUUUGAAUGCAGAGAAAGUGUUUGAUGAAAUAGCUAAGAGACAAGAAGAGGACGCUGCAGGAAACCUCUUCGAUCGAAUGACCCCUCUUUUUCAUAACAUGGUUGUAUGCUGUCAAUUUUGCUUAACUAUAGGUGCAUUCUGGAUUGGAUGGGAUCCGGGAGGGGGAUUGGCUAAAAUUCUAGGGAUGAUGCUCUGUUCCAAGCACCAGGCGAACCAUUGUGACAAGUCCUUUAUUGUUGCCGGCAAGGCUGAGGAACUAUUACUACCAUCAAGGGAUGAUGAAAAAUCGUGUACCAAUAUGUGUCACAACACGAGGGAGUGGCACCGCGAUGUGAUUAGGAAGAUCAAAUGGCUGAGUGAGAAGGGGAUUUCUACAUGAUCGAUACCGAAGGACAAGCAAACUAUGAAGAAUUUUUCUGAUGGUAGGGAUAUAAGUUAGUUGGUUAGUAGCUUAUGAGUGAAGCAAAGAAUACUUGUAUAAAUAACAAACACAUCUCUCGGUGUAAUUCAUUCAUUGUUCAAGAAAUACAAUCUUUAGUCAUUCACUUUC